AUGUUUAGAAAUACUAUUGCAAGAGCUUCUCGUGUCAGAAAUACUUCUACUUCUGCCUUAUCUAAAGCUUCCAUUGUUGAUUUACCUUCCAGGUGGGAAUCCAUGCCAAGUGUGGAACAGCAAAAUAUCGUUGCCAAAUUGCAGGAAAGACAAAAAUUACCUUGGAAUAAAUUAACACCAACUGAAAAGCAAGCUGCCUGGUAUAUUUCUUACGGAUCUUGGGGUCCAAGAAGACCAGUUUAUGCUAAAGGUGAUGCUGGUUAUAUUGCCAAAGGUGUUGUGGUAGGGUUAUUAGUUUCUUUAGCUAUUUUUGCUGGUUUAAGACAAUUAGCUGCUCCACAAUCAAAAACUUUGAACAAGGAAUGGCAAUUGAAAUCUGAUGAAUAUUUGAAAUCUAAGAACGCUAAUCCAUGGGGUGGUUAUUCUCAAGUUCAAUCUAAAUAA